AUGGGCAAUAACUGCAGCAGUGGUUAUCUCUACACAAAUCCCCCACCCACCUCCGCCGCCGCGGCAGCCGGACCUACGCCCCCCAACGGCGGCGGAGAUGGUCCCGGGCCCGGAUCCGGAUCCAGCAUCACCGUUCUCCCCGCGGACGCGCCCCCACCUCCCCGUCGGCCUCUCCCCACCGGAAUCGGCCGCGUCCUCGGCCGGCCCAUGUCCGACAUCCACUCCAUCUACGUUUUCGGGCGGGAGCUCGGCCGCGGCCAGUUCGGGGUGACCCACCUCGCGACCCACCGGGCCACGGGCCGCGCCUUCGCGUGCAAGUCGAUCGCCGCCCGGAAGCUCGCCACGCCGGACGACGUCGCCGACGUCCGGCGUGAGGUCCAGAUCAUGCACCACAUGACGGGCCACCGAAACAUCGUGGAGCUGAAGGAGGUGUUCGAGGACCGGCACAGCGUGCACCUCGUCAUGGAGCUGUGCGCCGGCGGCGAGCUGUUCGAUCGGAUCAUCGCCAGGGGUCACUACUCCGAGCGGGCGGCGGCGGGGCUGUGCCGCCAGGUUGUGACGGUGGUGCACGCCUGUCACUCGAUGGGGGUGAUGCACAGGGAUCUGAAGCCCGAGAAUUUCUUGUUUCUGAGUGGGGAUGAAAAUUCGCCCCUCAAGGCAACCGAUUUUGGGCUGUCUGUGUUUUUCAAACCGGGAGAAGUAUUUAGAGAUCUUGUCGGGAGUGCGUAUUAUGUGGCUCCUGAAGUAUUGCGUAGAAAUUAUGGUGUUGAAGCUGAUAUAUGGAGUGCCGGUGUUAUACUCUAUAUUUUGCUCAGUGGUGUCCCACCUUUUUGGGGAGAAAAUGAGCAAGGCAUAUUUGAUUCCGUUUUGCGGGGCCACCUUGACUUUAGUUCUGACCCAUGGCCAUCAAUAUCGAGUAGUGCCAAGGAUCUCGUGAAGAAGAUGCUUCAGUCUGAUCCUAAAGAUCGGCUUAGUGCGGUUGAAGUCUUGAACCAUCCAUGGAUGAGAGAAGAUGGGGAUGCAUCUGAUAAGCCUCUCGACAUUGCUGUCUUGACUAGAAUGAAGCAAUUUCGUGCAAUGAACAAGCUGAAGAAAGUUGCUCUGAAGGUAAUUGCGGAAAAUCUUUCUGAAGAAGAAAUUAUAGGCUUGAAGGAGAUGUUCAAAUCGAUGGAUACUGACAAUAGUGGAACUAUCACUUAUGAAGAGCUAAAAGCCGGCUUACCGAAGCUUGGAACGAAGCUGUCUGAAUCAGAAGUCAAACAGUUAAUGGAAGCGGCUGACGUGGAUGGAAAUGGGACAAUCGAUUACAUUGAAUUUAUCACAGCUACAAUGCACAUGAACCGAAUGGAGAGAGAGGACCAUUUGUACAAAGCAUUUGAAUAUUUUGACAAAGAUAAGAGCGGGUACAUCACGAUGGAAGAGUUAGAACAUGCCAUGAAAGAAUACAACAUGGGAGACUCUAAAACUAUUAAGGAAAUCCUUACUGAAGUAGACACUGAUCGGGAUGGGAAAAUAAACUAUGAUGAGUUUGCAGCUAUGAUGAGGAAAGGCAAUCCUGAAAUAGGCACCAACAGACGGAGAAAAUAG